AUGUCCAACUUGCCAUUCACCGCUCUAAACGGGUACCAGCCAACUCCGACCUUGUUGCCAUUCAACCCUCUUUCGCCGCUAUCAAUCCCUCUAGCUCAAAUUUUCCAAAAUGACAAUAACUCGCCCACACAGCCGUUCUUUCACCACCGACCGGUGCUACCGAAUCCAUUUGAUUUCUGGAUGAAGCUCACCGAAAUGCGACGACAAAACUCGGCGUUUUUGAGUUGUGGUAAGUUUUGGCGCUGUUUUUCGGAGGGGGUUUUCUGAUUUUGGGCCGUCAAAAUCAGAAUCGAUCCCACUGUCACUUUAUCACCUGAAGGUGACAGUGGGAAAAGAUGGCAAAGUAAUCUUUGAGGCAAAAAAUAACUCUAAAUACGUCGCAGUUAAAUCUUUGAGAAAUCCAGUUUACGCUUUGCAAGGCUGCAGGGAUCCAUAUUCAAUAGUCUUUCCGCCAUGAAACUAUAGGAAAUGAAGAGAAACAGUAUGAUAAAAACUUGCUCUUCGGCCGUAUCUUUGCAAAUUUUGCUCGUGAAAUCUAUUUUUUUUGCGGACAUGCUUUAUAGCCAUCCAGAUUUCACUAUUUUUACAAAAAAAAUUUAAAACUAGCCUCCAUUUUGGCUAAUUUUAUCUUAGUUUCUCUGUGGCUUCUGCAAAUCGCAAGCUCAUAAUGUCGCAUCUUGAAAAAAAUGCUUAUCAAUCUAAAUUUUUUUUUAUUUCAGUAUCUCCCAACACUAGUCCAACAAUCAAGGCCGGCUCCAGCCCCGAGAGUCCAGUCAGCUCCAAGCAGAAAAGCGAAUCGCCAACGGAUUUUCGGCGGAUUGAAACUCUGAUUCAGUCGCAAGAAGAAGUGAAAAAAGAGAAUGAUCCCUUGAUGGAUUCGCCGAGCAGUUCGUCGAUGAAAAAUAGUGGCCGAGAGUGUCCGAAAUGUGGGAAACAUUUCACCCGACAUUGGCUAUUGCAAGGCCAUAUUAGGACACACAGUAAGCUUUAUUCUUUAUAAAGUUUUAUGUUUUAAAAUUGUGUAAACAGUGUGUUGUUUGAGGGCUUCUAAAAAUGAUAUGUUGAGGUUUUGAUGACUAAAUUUCAGCUGGAGAAAGACCAUUCAAAUGCGACAUUUGCUCGAAAGCCUUCGCCGACAAGUCCAACCUUCGAGCGCAUCGGCAAACUCACUGCAGUAAGUUGCUAUUUUACGUAUAAAAUGUUUACAAAAAGUGUAUAAUAAAUAAGCAAAAUGACAAAGCGAUUUUUCCCCGAAUUCUGACUGCAUAAUGUCGCCAGUUUGCAGAAAACUUCAUGCAUUUUUAUAUAAAUAGAAAAACGUAACUCUUUUUUCAGUCUGUCGGGAAAAUAAUGAGCUCAAUUUCGCUUCACCGAUCGUAAAACGCUGAGGUAAAAAAACAAUUUGAUUUUUUCGCGACAUAAUUCAUUUCCUUGGCGACGAUGCGGUUUUUGAUGCGAUAGAGUGCUCAUUAUUUUCCCGACAGACUGAUAGGCUCUCAAAUUUCCUUUAAAUUUUGCCUGUAGUUUCUAAACUAGCCACAUUUAAUUUUUAGUUAGCAAAUUUUUUAUCGCUUUUCAAAAGGGGCCGAGAAUUUUGACCAAGUCUUUGGAAGCCAUGUUAAGACUUGUGGCCCGCUAAGAAAUUCCCUUAUUUUUAAAAUACGCCAGUUCUAAUACUUGUUCUAAAUGUGCGUAAUUAUAAAUUAUUUCAUUUCCAGAAGACAAAAAGUUCAUCUGCCCCCGCUGCAAGAAGGGUUUUGCCCUCAAGUCCUACCUCUCCAAACACCAAGAGUCGAGUUGUAACAGUCGGCAUAUGAAGCUACCUCCCAUGAUGCCCUUUUUUUAUCAUCCAAAAUAA